AUGGUGAAGCUUGGAUGCUUCGCGCCACUGCUGAAGAUCAAGGCUCUGCCCAAUGAGCGUCUUGAGGCGCCGCCCUCGCCGGUGAGCUCCCGACGCGGACUCGAGCUGCCGCCGCAGUUGUUGCAGCCGCAAGCUGAGCGAGCCGCCCGCCGGUCCAUGGCCGAGCUCAAUUCGCAGUUGAAACCCAUGGCUCUCGGCGCUGCUGCGCGCGGCCAGCCCGCGUCCGCUGCGGGGCGGCUGCCAGCCGCUGGGGAUCAUCCUGUAGAGCUCGACCAUCUCGUCAACGAUCUGGACUUCCUCGUUUGUCUUGAGAGCGCCCACGGAGUCGCGCACGAGGCCGCCGCCAACCUCCUGCAAGCCGCCAACGCUCACGUCUCCAAGAAGGCUCGCGGCGCUGAUGGAGCUCCGCAGCCUGGCGCAGGCUCCGAGAACGCCAGCCAGCGGCGGGGCCUCUUGUGGGUCGCACUUUCGCCGCUAUCACCUCCAACGUGUCUGGCCUCGCGGGCUUGGAUGAGCUACUCGCUGUUUCUCGCGGGCGCGCUGGUCAGGGCACCGCAGGCGGCGUUGGGCCAUGUCCAGGAUAUCUACCAGAUUGCCCACAUUGGCGCUGCCAAGUACAAAGGAGGCAUUCGGCUCAUCGGCCUCUCGCACUGCCCCGCCGCCGGUGCGCUCCUGGCAAGAAAGGAAUUCCAUGACCUUCUGGUGGGGGCCACCGCCGGGCGCGGCUCGGAUAGACUUGUCUGGGCCCAGUCGGCGAUGACGGAGUGGCGCCAGGAGCGCGCCCAUGCGAGCGCCCCCGUUUUCCUAGACUCGGAGAAAGCUCUUGAGCAGAUCGCGCAUAGCAGGCUGCUGCAAGCGGCCGUCGCUGCGCAGAUCCCCAUCAGGCAGCUCAGACUGCCCACUCAUCUUUACCGUGCCCUGCGAAUUCCCGAUCUCGACGGCCGUGUCUCGCAAGUCGUUAAUUCUCUCCAGUCUGCGAUGGUUGGCUGCCACUUUACCGCUAUCAUGUUGCAGUUGGCAGUGUUGCAGCCGCUCGACAUUGUGCCUGCCGUCCAUCGCACGGCCCAUCACGGGGUGGUGGUGGGCGACUUUGGGUCGCGCGCGCACGGGCGGGCAGCGCAUGUCUUGGAACGCGUGGUCGGAGCCGCGGAGCUUCUGCGCGAGGAGCUCAGUCGAGCAGAUCUGCGCACGGAGCGUUCUAAGAGCGCAGUUUUACGUGGCCCCCUCUCCGGACCUCCUGGCUCGCUCACGGGCCAGGUUGCGCAGUUCCGCGGCAGAGUGAAGCCCCGACUCAUGGUAAUCGCCCGCCUGGCAAUCCAAGCAGCAAGAGCGAAGAAGCCAGACGAGGAGCUCAAGGAGGAUAUGAGUAUGCUGAAGUAUGCGCUGGAUCAGACCAAACCCUUUGGCGAGGUCAAAGCGGAACAGGUGGCCCGGCUAGCGUCCAAGAUGGAGGAUCUAAAGAAUACCAAGUGCCGCAUCGCCACACUGGAGGCCCAGGUCGGGGAACUCGAGUACGAUACCGAGGACACCAAAACCGCCCUGGCGGAGACCGAGGCCAGGAUCGCAGCCGAGCUCCACGACAUCAUACCCGAGCCUGCUGGUGCCGAGAUGGCGGUAGAGACGAUGACGACGGCACCGCGUGCAGCAGCCGCAGCACAGGCGAUCGCGGCGCUGCAGGAGCAGAGCCGCCAUGGGACAACAGCGUACGCGCAGCUGCAGUAUCAUAGCCAGCAGCUGAUCUAUCAGAUGCAGAAGAUGCAGCAAUACAUGCAGCAGUUGCCAGGUGGACAAGGGCACCCUAUGCCCGACACCAGGUCCACAGCAGCCGUCGACCAUGGGGAUCCCUCAGCUCCAGAUGCCGCCCAUGGGGGUUCCUAUGCCGCCACCGUGCUCGACGGCCUCGGCGACGCAGAUGGCAGCUGCGGGCGCAGCAACGUGGCGCAGUUCGGUGGCAAGAGCAACGGCAAAGGCAACGUGGCGUCGGAGCCGUGCCCGACAGGCCGCAAGAAGGCAGCGGAGGGCGGCCCCGCAUCUUUCGCCGCACUAACUGAUGGCGGAGUUCACGGUCACGGGCGCAACGUCGCCAGAAAGAUCUACCACGACAAGCACCUGUCAGCUCCCAUGGGAAGUAUGGGGAGCGAUAAUACCAUCGAGCCCGACGCCGCCAUUUUGGACACCGUCGAGGUCUCCAACAUCGAGUGGGAAAAGUCGAUCAAUACCUCGCAAGGCAGCGACUCUAUCAAUCUAUGCCAGACCGUGCUACAGAAGACUGCAGGUGCGCCUCGCUGCGCGUGGCGCGUGAUCGAAUUGAUCGAGCCUUUGGCGUACCUGCUCUUGACGCAUUCGAUCACGCAGUACCUUUGGAGGUCCAACCAGGUGCUGAACCAGGCGGAAGGUCAGAUGUUACUCGUGAGAACGGUCGUCCGCGCUGUGCCCGUAGGGUUGGACAGCGAAGUUCAACGCGAGCCGGGCGGACCACCAGAAGCGGACCGUGCAUGUGCCCAAGAUGGCUUGCAGUCUCAGCCAGAUGACACCGCAUCCCAUCUACAACGCAGGGCCAAGUCUGUUCUUUGGGGCCACGAGCAGAUCUACGAGCACCUUCACAACACCGAGGAGGACGAGGACAUGGACAUAGCGUGCAUCGGACGGCAGAUUGCGCAGCCUCAUGCGGCGGCACAUCGGACCGCGGCCAACAUUGGGCGAAGCAACGACGGCCACGAGCAGGACUUGAGCGGCACUUACGUGGACCGGAACGGCCAGGAGCAGGCCACCUUGGUCCUCAGCGGCAGCGUCGUGAGCGCCACCUACCCUCCCGGCUCCCGCUGGGACCCAGAAUCUGGGACCCUGGAUGGCAGCACCAUCCACAUCUUCGGCCUCCGUGGCACCUACCGCGACGGGCAGAUCACGUGGGCCAAGAACGGGUCGGUGUGGACCAGGCGCCCGCGCGCCGCGGAAAGCCCAGCGCAGACCAGCGGGCCCAGGGCGUGGGACGACAACGGGGGCCGCUCCGACCGGGGCAGAGGGAAGCCCGCCGCCGGCGGCGCCGAGCAGCACGCCGGCACCAACGGCGCCGCCCAGGCCGCCUGGCAGGCCCCCGCGGCCGCGCGGCAGAGCGAGCCGACGGCCGCGGCGGCCAGUUGCCCCUCCCGCGGGGCUCGGGCCGCUGAGGCGCCCGCCGAUCCAGAGGACUUGAGCGGCACUUACGUGGACCGGAACGGCCAGGAGCAGGCCACCUUGGUCCUCAGCGGCAGCGUCGUGAGCGCCACCUACCCUCCCGGCUCCCGCUGGGACCCAGAAUCUGGGACCCUGGAUGGCAGCACCAUCCACAUCUUCGGCCUCCGUGGCACCUACCGCGACGGGCAGAUCACGUGGGCCAAGAACGGGUCGGUGUGGACCAGGCGCCCGCGCGCCGCGGAAAGCCCAGCGCAGACCAGCGGGCCCAGGGCGUGGGACGACAACGGGGGCCGCUCCGACCGGGGCAGAGGGAAGCCCGCCGCCGGCGGCGCCGAGCAGCUCGCCGGCACCAACGGCGCCGCCCAGGCCGCCUGGCAGGCCCCCGCGGCCGCGCGGCAGAGCGAGCCGACGGCCGCGGCGGCCAGUUGCCCCUCCCGCGGGGCUCGGGCCGCUGAGGCGCCCGCCGAUCCAGAGGACUUGAGCGGCACUUACGUGGACCGGAACGGCCAGGAGCAGGCCACCUUGGUCCUCAGCGGCAGCGUCGUGAGCGCCACCUACCCUCCCGGCUCCCGCUGGGACCCAGAAUCUGGGACCCUGGAUGGCAGCACCAUCCACAUCUUCGGCCUCCGUGGCACCUACCGCGAUGGGCAGAUCACGUGGGCCAAGAACGGGUCGGUGUGGACCAGGCGCCCGCGCGCCGCGGAAAGCCCAGCGCAGACCAGCGGGCCCAGGGCGUGGGACGACAACGGGGGCCGCUCCGACCGGGGCAGAGGGAAGCCCGCCGCCGGCGGCGCCGAGCAGCUCGCCGGCACCAACGGCGCCGCCCAGGCCGCCUGGCAGGCCCCCGCGGCCGCGCGGCAGAGCGAGCCGACGGCCGCGGCGGCCAGUUGCCCCUCCCGCGGGGCUCGGGCCGCUGAGGCGCCCGCCGAUCCGGAGGACUUGAGCGGCACGUACGUGGACCAGAGCGGCCAGGAGCAGGCCACCUUGGUCCUCAGCGGCAGCGUCGUGAGCGCCACCUACCCUCCCGGCUCCCGCUGGGACCCAGAAUCUGGGACCCUGGAUGGCAGCACCAUCCACAUCUUCGGCCUCCGUGGCACCUACCGCGACGGGCAGAUCACGUGGGCCAAGAACGGGUCGGUGUGGACCAGGCGCCCGCGCGCCGCGGAAAGCCCAGCGCAGACCAGCGGGCCCAGGGCGUGGGACGACAACGGGGGCCGCUCCGACCGGGGCAGAGGGAAGCCCGCCGCCGGCGGCGCCGAGCAGCACGCCGGCACCAACGGCGCCGCCCAGGCCGCCUGGCAGGCCCCCGCGGCCGCGCGGCAGAGCGAGCCGACGGCCGCGGCGGCCAGUUGCCCCUCCCGCGGGGCUCGGGCCGCUGAGGCGCCCGCCGAUCCGGAGGACUUGAGCGGCACGUACGUGGACCAGAGCGGCCAGGAGCAGGCCACCUUGGUCCUCAAUGGAAGCGUCGUGAGCGCCACCUACCCUCCCGGCUCCCGCUGGGACCCAGAAUCUGGGACCCUGGAUGGCAGCACCAUCCACAUCUUCGGCCUCCGUGGCACCUACCGCGACGGGCAGAUCACGUGGGCCAAGAACGGGUCGGUGUGGACCAGGCGCCCGCGCGCCGCGGAAAGCCCAGCGCAGACCAGCGGGCCCAGGGCGUGGGACGACAACGGGGGCCGCUCCGACCGGUGCGGCGGGAGGCCCGCCGCCGGCGGCGCCGAGCGGCGCGCCGCCCAGGCCGCCUGGCAGACCCCCGCGGCUUCGCAGCAGAGCGAACCGACGGCCGCCGCGGCCGGCUGCCCCCGCGCCGCCCGCGGCGGGCCCGCGCACCGCGCGGACACCCACAGCGCUGCCUCGGCCGCCGCCGCGGCCGCGUGGCCCGCGGGCGCCUGCGCGGAGCCGCGCGCGGGCACCAGAUGGCGGCUGCCCGCAGCCGCGGAGGCGCCGGGGCCGGCAGCGGCCGCGGCCGUCGGGCCUCCCGGCGGGGCUCAGGCGUAG